AUGGAUCUAGCGUAUGAUCACAUCCAGGAGAGCGUCCUCCCUAAGGACGACGACAAGAAGAAGGGCGAUUCCAAAGACCCAAACAACAAUCAGCCGCAGGCUUCGCUGAAUGAAGACCUCCAGGAGGCUUACAAAGCUCUCUCUACGAGUGCUUGGGGCAUGCGGAUCGGUGGCUUCUUGGGCAAUGCUGUCAAGCAGGGGCAAUCUGUCUACAAGGAAGCCUCCAAAGAGGUAACGGAACUCGGCGGAGAUGCUGCUAAGGGAUUUACAUCCAUCAUAAACCGUACACGAUCGCUCACCGUCAACACGACACAAGGCGAGGCCUCUGGGGAUAAAAGCAAAGAAACAGACAACCAAACGACACCGACCAAAACCAGAGACCAAGGCUCCGACGAAGCCAUGAGUAACUCGGAAACGUAUAUGACGAAGUUCCGUGCCGAGGCAGCCAGACGGCUAAAGGAGCUUCAAAAGGCAGAAGACGCGGCCGACGAGGCUCUGCUGCGGUUCGGCACCAACAUCAGCAAUUUCCUCAAAGAGGCGGUCAGCAUCGCUCCGCCUUCCGAUUCGAACCAAGGUAACACCGUCUUGUUCGAAAGCAAGGAUGCACAGGGAAAGCGUGUUAUCCAUACCUCAAGACAGGACGCGCAGCUUCACGUCAUUCACACAAGCACCGAGAGUUUUACAAAGGACCCUGCCACAGAAGAAUUCGCAGCUUGGUCCACGACUUUUGAUGCGGAGAAGAAGACUACGGAUAUUAGUGACGACUUGAAGAAAUAUCCUGAGCUUCGAGCGACAAUGGAGAAGAUGGUGCCUGAUCAGGUUCCAUAUGCUGAUUUCUGGAAGAGAUACUACUUCCUCAGACACGGCAUUGAGGCCGCUGAGGCUCGUCGCCGAGAUCUUUUGAAAGCCGCAUCUGCCGAGGAUGAAGUUAGCUGGGACGACGACUCCGACGACGAGUCUGCCCCCGCUCCCGCGCCCAAGGUCGAGCAGAAGCCUGUCCGGCCGCCGUCGGCAGAGUCCUCCACCACCAUCCAGCCCCCUGCACAUGCCUCCCAAAGUACUCUCAAGCCUAACGAAUCCCGCAAGUCCAAUGAUGAAAAGUCCCAGGCCGACAGCGAGGCAAGUUACGACGUAGUUGGCGCUGCCUCGGGUGUGCAGAGCCGAGCCCCUAACAGCCCCAAAGAGUCGCGUAAGGCCGACGACAGCGAUGACGACUGGGAAUAA